CCCCCGACCACGAUUUUCAAAAGCUCCAUCUUAACGAAAAGAAAUCGAGAACUCAAAUAAUGGAGGCCUCGCGUGGACCCCCCCGUGUUAAAAACAAGGGAGCAAGCACCCAGCAAAUCAGUGCCGAACAAAUUCUUCGAGAAGCUUUCGAACGGCAAGAGCAAGGACUCCAGGCACCGACACAACGAUUUGCAGAUCUCGAAGAGCUUCAUGAGUUUCAAGGCCGGAAGCGCAAGGAAUUCGAAGACUAUGUGCGCCGUAAUCGGAUUAACAUGAACAACUGGAUGCGCUAUGCACAAUGGGAGCUCGAUCAGAAGGAAUACGCUCGUGCCCGUUCAAUUUUCGAGAGGGCUUUAGACGUCGAUUCCCGUUCCGUUGUGUUAUGGCUACGGUACAUUGAGGCAGAAAUGAAGACUCGGAACAUAAACCAUGCCCGAAAUUUACUUGAUCGUGCGGUUACAAUCCUGCCGCGGGUGGAUAAACUGUGGUAUAAGUAUGUUUACAUGGAAGAGACAUUGGGUAAUAUCCCUGGCACUCGGCAGGUUUUUGAGAGGUGGAUGUCGUGGGAGCCUGACGAAGCGGCGUGGAGUGCAUACAUCAAGCUUGAGAAGCGGUACGACGAAUUUGCAAGGGCGAGAACUAUCUUUCAAAGGUUCACCCAAGUCCACCCUGAGCCAAGGAAUUGGAUAAAGUGGGCACGUUUUGAGGAGGAGUUUGGAACUGAGGAUAACGUCCGGGAAGUCUACACAUUGGCUGUCGAGACCUUGGGUGAGGAGUUCAUGGAUGAGAAACUCUUCAUUGCCUAUGCUAGGUAUGAAGCUAAGCUAAAGGAGUAUGAGCGUGCCCGAGUGAUCUACCAAUACGCUCUUGACCGUUUGCCAAGAUCUAAAUCUCAAUUACUGCACAAGUCAUACACAACGUUUGAGAAGCAGUUCGGUGAACGUGAAGGUGUAGAAGAUGUGAUCCUGUCCAAACGGCGAGUCCAGUACGAGGAGCAGAUCAAGGAGAAUCCAAAGAACUAUGACGUCUGGUUUGAUUACGCCAGGCUGGAGGAGACACUUGGGGAUAAAGAUAGGGUACGAGAUGUUUACGAGCGAGCGAUUGCAAAUAUCCCCCCAACCAAGGAUAAAAGACAUUGGAGAAGAUAUAUCUACCUCUGGGUAUUCUAUGCCCUCUGGGAAGAGAUGAAAGGGAAGGACAUCGACCGCACCCGCCAAAUCUACAACGAAUGCCUAAACCUAAUCCCACACAAACGUUUCACCUUCGCCAAAAUCUGGCUCCUAAAGGCACACUUCGAAGUGCGACACUUCAACCUCCCCGCCGCGCGAAAAACCCUGGGCCAGGCGAUCGGCGCCUGUCCAAAGGACAAACUCUUCAAAGGCUACAUAUCGCUCGAAACUCGACUGCACGAGUUCUCCCGCUGUCGCACGCUCUAUGAGAAGCACAUCGAGUUCAACCCAUCCAACGCACAGACCUGGAUCCGGUUCGCGGAGCUGGAAAUGGCGCUGGAGGACUGCGACCGCGUUCGCGCCAUCUUCGAACUCGCCGUGGAUCAGGAGCUACUGGACAUGCCGGAGCUGCUGUGGAAGGCCUACAUCGACUUUGAAGAGGAGGGCGGUGAGUUUGAUAAGGUUAGAGGUCUCUUCGAGCGCCUGCUGGAGAAGACGGACCAUGUUAAGGUCUGGAUCAGCUAUGCACACUUCGAAGUCAACGCAGAUGAGGGCGAGGAUGAGGACAGCGUUAGCGAGGAAACUAAGGCGCGCGCGAGGGAGAUUUUCGAGAGGGCGUAUAAAAGAUUGAAGGAGAAGGAGCUUAAGGAGGAGCGCGUCGCACUCCUCAACGCCUGGAAAGCAUUCGAGCAAACGCACGGCACUCCCGAAGACCAGAAGAAGGUGGAAGCGCAGAUGCCCAGCAAGGUCAAGAAGAGGAGAAAGCUGGACGACGAUACCUACGAGGAGUACAUGGAGUACAUGUUCCCCGCCGAUGAGCAGUCCAACGCCCGAAUCCUCAAUAUGCUACAGGCUGCUCGUGCCUGGAAGCAAAAUCAGGCAGGCUUGGGUCCUUGAGGAUUAUGUCAACUUUUGCACUAGUUUUUGUCAUGGAGUGCUGAUUAUUAGAUUUUGUUUUUGUAUAGUAGGGUGAAAGGGGGGAUUGCUCGAGCUGAAGGAAGGAGAGAGGUUGGGCGUACUAACUGAGAAUUGGGAAGGGAAAAGAAAAAAAUCCAACCCUAGAAUAGUUGAUAAAUGCAGGAGACCCUUUACCAGUCUAGCCUCCGCUCUCGUGGGAGGGAGUGGAAGACUGGAUGAACGAAUGGAAAGAAAAAGGGGGGAGAGAAAAGGAAAGUGAGUUGGUAGUGUUUCCUGGGUGCAUUUGUGAGAUACUCGCUUGCUCCUGACAGGGAGGGAGGUGGGCGCCUACUCACCCAUGCCAGUUGGGUUUUGAUAAGCAUUGAUGGUGUGGCAUGGGUGAUUUUUGGUGACCCUUGGGUCAUGCUAGUUUGGGGGUGGCCUAAAAAUUUAAUUCGCCUUGAUGGUUCUAUAA